AUGCAGUUCAUGACACAAUCUCUCGGUUGGGAGGACUGGGUGGCCCUAGCAAUGGCUCCAUUGGGCAUCAUCACUAUAGUUGUCAGCGCAAUCCGGGUGGGUGGUCCGAUGCUUCUCAAGGCCGUGGUCGGUCGAGCAAGAGAGAACACGGCAGUCGCUGAGAUGGAAUUGAUGUCUUCAACAUCGAGAGAAGUGGGCGAGCUUUACAAUGGUGAAAGUAUUGUGCGGUGCCAAGGCGAGGCCCCUGUUUGGGAGUUCAUCUAUCUUACUCCAGAAAAUUCCGAGCACCUGAAAGAGCUCAAGUUGGAGUUCAUGUCUCUUGAUGAAGCGGCAGGCCCCUCCAACGUCAUUACCGUCAUCCGACAAAAGACGGAGGAUGCCCCGAACAUAGCCCUGAACCUGCAAGACAACAGUCGCGUCAGGAUUCGGAUCGUUGCAGCGAUCGGGGUAUUGUUGCAAGUCGGUGUCUUGGUUUUCUUUGGCAUCAUGUCUUAUCAACGCAAAGCUCGGGGCCAUUUCCAAAAGGACAACACGGCUGCCGCCAACUACGCAUUUCCAUUGACCUUCUCUGGUACCAUGUCUCUCGUGCUCGGCUUGUUCUUGUGUGCCCGCGUCGUCGACAAAAAAAGCGGAGAAGAGUCCUAUGGGGUUGGCGAACAAUACAGCAUCCAGAUGUACUGGCUCCAAAGAAAGGGGAGAGUCAGUGAUCAGGAUUCCGAGUCAUAUGCAAUAUCCACUUCCCACAAGAUCAAGACAGUUACCAUGUCUCGCCGAAAAAAUGCUAAGGAAACGAUAGGGGAAAUCAAGAAUGGGGAAAUCAAGCAGGAAGGAAAGUCGGAAAGAAAAUGGUUUGACCUUCCGAAGCUGACCCUACAAGUGGAGACCAUAUCCGGUGUCAUUUUCGCCAUUGUCGGCUUCAUCUUACAGUUCAUCGGUCUGAGAAAGAUGAAUUCAUAUGCGACACUGGCUCAACUUGGAGCGGUCGGACUGAUGACGAUACUUCGAGCAUUGGUACGGCCAGGGUUUGCAACAGGCCUAGACAACUCAAAGAUACCAAAGCUAUCACCCGACUUUGAGCUCGAUUGGUUGGCCUGGAAACUCGUUGCUCGAUGUAAUCCAAGUGAGUUAUUACUUUCCCAUUGGAAAUAA